GCGUCUGGUCUGGCGUCUGCUGAGGAGGAGCAGCCACUGCGGUCCCAUCCGGACCUUGUGCACAAGCAAGCAGCAGCCCCUGGCCCGGAGCUGUUCCUGCCCUGGUCUGUCAGCUGGCUGCAGGUCUCCAAGGCCGCCACUCCCAAGGAGGUUUCGAGGCUCUGCACCGAGUGGCGCUGCGGGGAGCAGCAUGGAGCCUCUCUUCCCUGCCCCAUUCUGGGAGGUUCUCUAUGGCAGCCACCUUCAGGACAACCUGUCCCUCCUGAGCCCCAACCAUAGCCUGUUGCCUCCCCAUCUGAUGCUCAACGCCAGCCAUGGCGCUUUCCUGCCCCUCGGGCUCAAGGUCACCAUCGUGGGACUCUACCUGGCUGUGUGCAUUGGGGGACUGCUGGGGAACUGCCUCGUCAUGUACGUCAUCCUCAGGCACACUAAAAUGAAGACAGCUACCAACAUUUACAUCUUUAACCUGGCACUGGCAGACACCCUGGUCCUGCUGACACUGCCCUUCCAGGGCACAGACAUCCUCCUGGGCUUCUGGCCAUUUGGAAAUGCUCUGUGCAAGACGGUCAUUGCCAUUGACUAUUACAACAUGUUCACCAGCACCUUCACAUUGACUGCCAUGAGUGUGGACCGCUAUGUAGCCAUCUGCCACCCCAUCCGUGCUCUUGACGUCCGAACUUCCAGCAAAGCCCAGGCUGUCAAUGUGGCCAUCUGGGCCCUGGCGUCUGUGGUUGGCGUUCCUGUUGCCAUCAUGGGUUCAGCACAGGUCGAAGAUGAAGAGAUCGAGUGCCUGGUAGAGAUCCCUGCCCCACAGGACUACUGGGGGCCUGUGUUUGCCAUCUGCAUCUUCCUCUUCUCCUUCAUCAUCCCCGUGCUCAUCAUCUCCAUCUGCUACAGCCUCAUGGUGCGGCGGCUCCGUGGAGUCCGCCUGCUCUCGGGCUCCCGAGAGAAGGACCGGAAUCUGCGGCGCAUCACUCGGCUGGUGCUGGUGGUGGUGGCUGUGUUCGUGGGCUGCUGGGCGCCAGUGCAGGUCUUUGUGCUGGUCCAAGGGCUAGGUGUGCAGCCCGGCAGUGAGACUGCUGUGGCUAUGCUGCGCUUCUGCACAGCCCUGGGCUACGUCAACAGCUGCCUCAACCCCAUCCUCUAUGCCUUCCUGGACGAAAACUUCAAGGCCUGCUUUCGCAAGUUCUGCUGUGCAUCUGCCCUGCGCCGGGAAGUGCAGGUGUCUGACCGUGUGCGCAGCAUCGCCAAGGACGUGGCCCUGGUCUGCAAGACCUCCGAGACAGUCCCGCGGCCCGCAUGACUAGGCGUGGACCUGCCCAUGGUGCCUGUCAGCCCGCAGAGCCCGUCGACGCCCAACACAGAGCUCACACAGGUUACUGCUCUCUAGCGGACACACCUGAGGCUUGAGCAUCCAGAGCCUUGGAUGGGCUUUCCUUCGGUCCCAGAGAAGGACCUUGGGACAUCAUGGGACAGGUCCAAGCAUUAGGGCUGCCUCUUCAGCCCGGUUAGACUAACGCUGCCCUCCAGGUGCAGGGCCUGGAGAACGCAAGGACUCUACCUGGAAGCA